CAACCUAGGAAGACUCGUCGCACACCUACUAUACACUCACGAAAACUCAUAUCUUCGGAACCUACCAAGAUGUUUUCAAUCAUCGAUUUCAGCAACGAGUCCGGAACGAUCUCGCAGGUCGAGAUUAACCCAGCUGACGCGAUGGAUCAGAACAUCCCAAUUGAGCGGCUGGCUGCUCGAUACAAUGUACAGCAAUUCGCUGACAGCCGCCCGCCCACUGGGAGCGGUGCUCCAACACGUACCCGUGCCCACACAUACGGCCAUAGCUACUCACCAUACGCAUUGUCAGACCUGGCGGGUAUGCAUCAUCGUACCAGCUCAUUGUCAAGUGGCUACGUGCCUGCGCAGCCACAUACACCAUACGGUCCUCCGGCUUCACUCUCAGCCCAUGGAUACUGGCAAUGGGUACCUUCACCCAUUCCCACUGAACUGGCUGACUAUGAGCAGGAUAGCUUUCUCGAGGAUUUGCUUGCUCCAGUAGCGCGUUCGCGAGCGACGUCGAUAGCACAUUCGGAAGCGACAUCGAUGGCUCCGAGCUAUGUCGGUGCCCCUAGCUCAGCAAACAGUGUGGUAUACAGCUCUCGCGGGUCUGUGAGCGAGAUGCCGCCUCCCGCGCGGCUUCGUGCGCCAAGGGUGUCGAGGAAGAAGCCAAGCUUGCCCAAGCAAGAUGCUCCAGAGGCAGCGGCGAACCAGGCAGCUGCCAGGAAGGAGUCAGCUGAGACGAAAGCCAUGCACAAGGAAGUCGCCGAAAAGGUGUCGGCCAUCCCUUCACAGAACCACGACGCCGUUCCGGUACGCCCUUGCGCUUUGACCCCCCGCAAUCUCACGGACGUCGAGGAAAAGACGAACCGCGAGAAUGCGUAUAUGUUCAUAGCAAACUGGGAGCGUAAGAGUAGACCCAGUUUCAAGAGACACGAUAUGAACAAUUAUCAGGUCAACGAUGGUCCGCUAGAGUUCAACCCUAUACAGAGCGGGCACAAGCUGAUAGACCUCGAGCUUCCGGUGACGAUGCUGAUUGACUGCAUUUUUGAUUCUCGGAAUUUUGAGACGGAAGACGUAUUCAAUAGCCAGGUUCAUGCGGACCCGCUGGUAGAGCUCUUCCUCGACAUUGCCCGUGCGGAGAUUCUGAAGGAGGUUCGAGACCAAUGGCGCGAGCUUCGGGCAAAUGAUGACAAGGCGCUGAGGUACCAGCUUGAUCUGCUCUCGAAAUUGUACCGCAUGGGGAGCAUCACUCCGUGGAAGCCGAUUGCCACUUAUCUAGAGAAGUGGGCCUACUGGCGGGAGAACUGGUGCGGAGAAAACAGCCAGGAGAGGAGCAAGACCCAGAGGCCUGCCAUUCAUCCAGACGACAGAUUCUUCCGCUUGAACGGUUCCAAGGGCCUGCAGGAUAGUGCGGAGGCCAAGCUGAAGGAAUUGCUGAUGGGCAAGGGGAUGGCGGCUUCUGCGGAGCUAUACUUCAUGCAGCGGCUGAAGGACGUAUCCAAAGAUGUCCGGGCUGUAAUUGUGGAGCGCGACUCUGUCCUGCUACUUGACACCGAAGGCUUGGAGACUUUGCUAAGGCUAGACAAAGAGCAGUAUGAAGCUUAGAAGCUCCGUAGUGUGCCAGAUGCAAGCAAAGGUCUGUCUGACAACGGAUGGAAGCGCGAGGUUGCGCCGGGAUUUGUAGAUCAAUCAAUC